AAAUCUCGAUCUUACUAUUCUGUAUAAUACAAUGCCGUCUCAAAUUUACCACAAAAACAUCUUAUGCAAGUAUCUCUUGAUCUUAGGCGUGGUCGCAAUCUUCUUCAUUCUCGUCUUCAACCAAACCUACAUCAGUUCACGAUCUUUCGAUAGUAACAUAUUCACCGUAAAAUGUCAAGAGCGGCUCUUGCAGCCAAAGGAGACGGAGACAAACUUGAGCCAUUUGAUGUUCGUUUUGGUCGGGAGCUCACGUACGUGGCAGGAUCGAAGAAUUUACGUAGAAUCAUGGUGGAGACCAAACUUGACACGUGGCAACAUCUUCUUGGACGUGGAGCCGUCGAAAGAGUUCAUGCCUUGGUCUCCGACCUUCCCGCCGUAUCAAGUCAACGAAGACCUCAAGAAACUGAGAAUCUACCCGAAGCUACCAAACCCAAUUCAUACUCGGAUCUAUAGAUCCAUUCUCGAGAAUUACAGGCUCAAACAAGAUGAUGGUGUGAGAUGGUAUCUGACAGGUGAUGAUGAUACUCUUUUCUUUGUAGACAACAUAGUGGAUGUGUUGUCAAAAUACGACCACACGAAAAAACAUUACAUCGGAAUGUUUUCGGAGACGAUAAAAUCAAAUUUUUACAUCUCGUUUGAUAUGGCAUUCGGAGGAGGAGGAUAUGCCCUAAGUUAUCCGUUAGUGGAGGCUUUGGUGGCAAAGUUAGAUGAAUGUGUUGAGAGGUACCAUUUCAUUUGGGGAGUUGAUCACUUACAGAGUCUUUGCUUGGCUGAUUUCGGCGUUGAUCUUAGCCUCGAGAAAGGAUUUCAUCAGAUGGAUCUGCGCGGUGACGUAUCGGGCUUUCUCUCGUCCCAUUCAAAUGCUCCUCUUGUCAGCUUCCACCAUUUAGGGGUCGUCGCACCACUUUUCCCGGGCAUGGACCGUAAUGGCUCAGUCCUUCAUAUAAUGAAAGCGGUCAACGUGGACCAAUCACGGAUGCUACAACAGUCGAUUUGCCACGUCAGAGCCAGACAUUGGACUUUCUCGGUCUCGUGGGGAUACUCUGCUCAUGUCUAUGAGAGGAUAUUCCCACGCAGCUACUUGAAGCGUCCCAUCGAGACAUUCCGUCCUUGGCUCCGAGGACGGCCUCCGUUUUACAUGUUUAACACGAGACCGGUUUCUCGAGAUCCAUGUGAAGCUCCUCACUGGUUCUUCUUUGAUUCAAGUGAACAAGAGAACGAAGAAAUUGUUACUUCUUACACAAGGAAGUUUCCUAGAAACAUGAAUUCUUGUUACUUCUCUGGUACUAUUUCUGCGGAUCCUCUCGCUUCUAUCCGAGUCUUCUCUCCCAAAACUCCCAAACAGGGAAGAAAAGUGGAAUGUUGCGACGUGGAAUAUGAAGGUGCAGAUGUUGCAAACAUAAGACUUCGAGAUUGUAGGAGAGACGAAAUCAUUGCGUAAGAUAAAUGGAGAGCAUAAAUAUUAGUUAAUUGUAAUUGUUCAAUUAAGUUCUAAGCCGGUGUACGUUCAACAACUAAGCUAAUUAUGUCUCCAAGUAAUCUGAUAUAUUAUUGUCCAGUAAUAUUAUCUCAACAAGAAAAUUUGUUGGGAAUAUUAUUAGGAAAGACUUGUUUGUCCUGUCUGUUGUGGUGAUACUGUGUGGUUUAUUAAAGGAUGUUAUUAUGAAAGACUAUAUAUUGUCAGUU